AUGGAUUCAUUCCAUCAGUUGCAGUUGCAGUUGCAGAUGCACCAAGCUGGAAGAAUUUAUGCUUAUGAAGUACAUAUAAUAUACAAAGCCUCUUACAACAAAUUGUUCAACAGAAUUGCAAUUGCAAACCCUCUGAAGAAGCUAACCCACUUAGAAAAAGGGAUUCAGCACCACUCUGUUUUGCCAACAGUAUAUCAGAAGACUAACCACAAAUUCACAAGGCAGAAUGAAGAAGCAAAGGAGAACCCCUUAGCUCUGUUUGAUGUCAUUGUUAUCUGUUACUAG